AUCGUUGAAGAUGGUGGCCGUCAGGAACGUACAAAGGAUGAUGGUAUUAGUGACGCCUCCGGGAUAUAUAAACGACUGCUGCUGGAGGCUCUGAUAAACACUUGCCCGUCAACAAUUACUGCUGCAGCAUGUACGCCAUAUUGAUAACCCUGGUGGUCCUAGGAAGCUGUGCUGUGGCGGCACCAGUGGACGAGCCAGUUCCCAUAGUCAGUCAAACACAAGAAGGACCCAAUCCAGAUGGCUCGUACAAAUGGGCUUAUGAGGCAGGAAACGGAAUCAAGGCCCAAGAGGAAGGACAGUUAACAAAUCCCGGAUCAGAAAACGAAGCCAAUUCUGUGAAGGGUGGCUACAGCUAUACUGGCAGCGAGGGCGAGACAAUAGAGUUGACCUACGAAGCCAACGAAAACGGUUUCCAACCCCGAGGGGCCCAUUUGCCAACAGCUCCGCCAAUUCCUGAGCUCAUCCAAAAGGCCCUAGAUUGGAUCGCCGCGCAUCCCUCCAAGGAAGAUGCCAACAAUGUGUAAUUUCACCAGGAUACGAUUUGAUCUCAAAGCCAGUGCCGAAUAUGCCGACCCAUAAUUGAACCAGACACCAGUGUGUUUUUCUAUUCCUUUUUUUUUAACAUAUUUUUUUAACUGACUCUUGGUCUUUACUCUUCUGCACGACCCUCGACUCGACUCGUUGAUCCGCCGCGCCCCGAAAACUCUUCUUCGAGCAUUUCGAUUCGCUACUGUGCGUUGUACAUAUUUAUUAUUUUAUUUACUACUAUUAUACAUUAUUUACCAAUAUGGGUGUGCCGUGGAUUUUGGAUUAUUAAAAAUUCACAAAGCAGCCGUCCUGUGGAUGAAUAAAUGUUGCAUUCCAAGAAA